CAGAGCCGAAGCAAGACCGCAUGCAGGUCAGUCACCUUAGACAAAAUUACAUCAAAAACUUCUCGUCCUCAGGAAAGCUGUUUUCAGAAGAGCACAGGAUGGCGACUGCAAAAUCAGAUCGUCCAUAUCCUCUAAAGCGCCGGAGCAGCCUUGAGUGGCUGCCACCUGACAUGUCUGAGCUGAGGGUUGUUCUGCUGGGGAACAGCUGGUGUGAGAGGAGUUCAGUGGGGAACUUCAUACUGGGAGGGACUGUGUUCAACACUGAGGAAGAACUGGACCACUGUCUGAGAGUGAGUGGAGAGAUGGAGGGGAACAAAGUAGUUGUGAUCAACACCCCAGAUCUGCUGCACGCCAACAUCUCUGAAAACAAACUGACAAAACAUCUGGAAGACUUUGUUAGGCUCUCUGAUCCUGGACCUCAUGUGUUCCUGCUGGUUCUACAGCCUGAAGACUUCACUGAGGGACACAAACGGAGACUCUGCAGAGUCCUGGAACUCUUCAGUGAUCAGUCAUUUGAUCAUUCACUGAUGCUGAUAUCACCAUCCAGAGAGGAGGGUUCAGGUUUAAUGGAACAAGACAUGGAACAACCCCCAUUACAAGACAUGAUCAGAAAAUGUAGAUACAGAUACUUGAAGUGGAAGAACCUUCAACUUCCAGAGCUGUUAACACGUUUGGGUCAAACUGCAAAGGAGAACAACGGAGAGCCUGUGAGCUGUGAUGUGUUUGAGGACACCACAUCUGCUUUACCUGGUGAUCAUCUAAGUCAAAAACCAAAGGAAAUAUGGCAUCCCCUCACCCUCACCGAAGCUGUUAAAGCUGCUGGGCUGCGUGCGGUUAAGACAAUCACUGCACAAUUCCAAUGGUCAAACCCUGUGACUGACACAUCUGCAUUCAGAAUUGUGCUGUUGGGAAACAGUCGAGACAAAAAGCAAAGAAUCUGUAACUUUAUAACCGAGGGCAAAGGUGUUAGUUUCCCAAUAAACAUCUCAAGCACACAAUGUGGGACAACCCAUGGAAAGUGGAAAGGAAAACAAUUAACAGUUCUGAAGACUGCAGACAUGUUCAGUCUUUGUGAAGAGAGCACGAGAAGAGAGGUGAAGAGCUGUGUGAGUCUUUGUCCUCCUGGACCCAAUGUCCUUCUGCUGUUAGUGAAGCCUUCUGAUUUCACUGAAGAGAACAGACUAACACUGAAGUUCAUCCUGAGUCUGUUUGGUCCAGAAGCUUUUAAACACUCAAUGGUCAUCAUGACACACAAAGUGAAUCAAAGAGAAGAGAAGUCCCACAUCGUGAAUCAGCUGCUUGAAGACUGUGGAGGAAGACUCUACAACAUGGUUGAACAGAGCCAUGAUUCAUUGAUGGAGAAGAUUGAGAAGAUAGUGCAUGGAAACAAAGGAACGUUCCUCACCUUCACUGAAGACAUCAAACCAGCUUUGAACCUGGUUCUGUAUGGGAGGAAAGGAGCAGGGAAGACUUCAGCAGCCAAGGCCAUUUUAGGUCAGGCAGAGUUUCCUUCAGUCUCCAACUCCUCAGAGUGUGUUAAACAUCAGGGAGAGGUGUGUGGACACAGGGUUUCCCUGGUGGAGCUGCCUGCUUUGUGUGGAAAACCUCAGCAGGAAGUGAUGGAGGAAUCAUUCAGGUGUGUCUCCCUCUGUGAUCCUGAGGGCGUCCAUGCCUUCAUCCUGGUCCUACCUGUGGGUCCCCUCACUGAUGAAGACAAGGGAGAGUUAGAGACCAUCCAGAACACAUUCAGCUCUCAAGUCAACAACUUCACCUUGAUUCUGUUCACUGUGGAGUCAGAUCCUACAGCUCCAGCUGUUGUUAACUUACUAAAGGAGAACACGGACCUCAAGGAGCUGCGUCAGAGAUGUGGAGGAAGACAUGUUGUUCUCAACAUCAAGAACCAGCAGCAGAUCCCAGAGCUGUUGGAUGCUGUGGAAGAGAUGAGAGGUAAAGGAUCUAGGUGCUUCACAAAGGACAUGUUCACCAAGGCUCAGAUGGAGAAGGUUGUAGAGGUGGAUAACACUAACAGAAGACUUAAAGCUGAACUGCAGGACGUUAAAAAGAAAAGUGAGAUGGGAGAUGUUGAAGAAAGUCAGAACAGAGAGUGUCUCAGGAUGGUGCUGAUUGGGAAGACUGGCAGUGGGAAGAGUGCAACUGGAAACACUAUUUUGGGCAAAAAACCUUUUACAUCGACUCUAAGCUCAGAGUCAGUGACCAAGUUUUGCGAAAAAGAAACAGGAGAGAUUGAUGGACGACCUGUCGCUGUGGUGGACACCCCCGGUCUGUUUGACACCACACUGUCCAAUGAUGAUGUUCAACAGGAGAUGGUGAAAUGCAUCAGCAUGUUGUCUCCUGGACCUCAUGUGUUCUUACUGGUGCUGACGAUCGGCCGAUUUACACAAGAGGAAAAAGACACAGUGGAACUGAUCAAGAAAUGUUUUGGCAAGAGAUCUGGAGAUUUCAUCAUCGUCAUAUUCACCAGAGGAGAUGAUCUGAAGGGUGAACCGAUUGAGAGUUACAUAAAACGGUCCGGUGACUUUUUGAAAAAACUGAUAAAUGACUGUGGAGGGAGAUACCUGGUCUUCAACAACACAGAUCAGACAAACCGCAUGCAAGUCAGAGAGCUGAUGGAGAAGACCAACAAAAUGCUGAAAGAAAAUGGUGGCAGCUGCUUCACCUCAGAGAUGUUCCAAGAGGCCGAGGCGGCCAUACAGAAGGAAGUGGAGAAGAUCCUGAAGGAGAAGGAAGAAGAGAUGCAGAGACAGAGGGAGGAGCUGCAAAGAAAACACGAGGAGGAAAUGGAAGAAGUGAAGAGAAGAACGGAACAGGAGAGAGAUGACAUUCAGCAGGAGAGAGACAAACAGCUUCAGGAGAUGGACGAAAAAAUCCACAAGGAACGAGAGGAGAGAAGGAGGGAAGAGGAACGGAGAAGAAAAGAGGACAUGGAGAAGAAAAGGCAGGAUGACAUUACAAAAAAGGAAUGGGAGGAAAAACUUGAAGGAGAGUUGGACGACAAAAAAAAAGAGAUGAGAAAUCAGAAAGAAGACUGGGAGAAGGAGAGAGGAGAAUGGUGGGAAAAACAACGUCAAGAAAAUGAAAAGAGACGACAAGAGGAGCAGACAAGACUUCAGAAGCUGCAAGACGAAUACGAGCAGGAAAGAGAACAACUUGAAAUGAAAAGAAGAGAAGAAGAUCUAAAGAGAAGUGAACAGAAGGAGAAGGAGGGACAGGAAUUACAGGGAAAACAUGAGAAAGAAAAGGAGGAGAUGAAAAAUAAAUAUGAAGAGGAGGCCAGAAAACAAGCUGAAGAAUUCAACGGGUUCAAACAGGAAUACUCCAAGGACUAUGCCGCCUUGGUGGAGAAGCACAUGGAGCAAAUAGAGGACCUGAAGAAAGAGCAUGAAGAACAAAAGAAACAGUCCCAACUGCUACAAGAUCUUUCCAGACACAAUGAAACACAAUUGCAAAAGACAAAAGAGAGUCUUGAAAAAGAUAUAAAAGAAAUGGAGGAAAAACAUGAAAAAGAAGUCGAAGUACUAAAAAAAAAAUACAAGGACAAACGGUGUGUCAUCGCCUGAUCUUCCCACUGACUCGUGCUCAUCAUGAUGAUACCAGAUGGAACAUCAUGUCAACUUCAUUCAACAGCAGGUUUCUGGAUGAUACUUCUCAACAGGGUCCAAUCAGGAGACUAAGAAAUACAAAACCAAUUGUGACAUUUUCACCUUGUAAAUAUUUUUAAAUGACGAUUGCACAGUUUCCAAACAGUUUUAGUUUUUUUUGAAGCCCCGAAAAUGUUUUUACUGAUUGCAAAUGUUAGCUUUAAAAACAACUUUUUACUUUGUUUAUCUGUUGUAAUAUUCUUCUGGACACUGUAUGUGAGCACUCGAUAACGUUUGUUGUAUUUUGUAUUAUCAACAUAAACAAUUUUGCAAGUUAGAGAAGUCAUCUAUAUUGAGUUUAUGUGUCCAAACUCAUUCUAUCCCUGUGUAAAAAUGACUGGCUCUUAGCUGCAAUAAUCGUCACAGUAAAGCUGCGUUCACACCGGAUGCGAUGAGGUUUUUGGGGGUGGCGCGAUUACAUGUAAAGUCAAUGCAAAGACGCGGUGCGAAUUAAGCGGUUGACGCGAAUGCCGUGGCGCGAUUGAGGCGAUUGGAGGGGGCCGCGACAACCGCUCGAGUUACAUUUGUUCAACUCGAGCGUCAAAUUCGCUUGACACGUUCUCGCGGUAGCCAAUCCGCAGUGAGGAUCUCAGCCUGCCGUCAUUGACGUUGAAACAGAAAACCAAAACAUCAGCCGUUAGCUGUUAGCACUCAGAGCUCACAGCUCCCCAUAUAUUUUCAGAAACUGGACGAAAGUUAAACAAGUACAAACCACAGACUGUCAGUGUCAUGGUGAAUACAGUCGCUGGUUUAUUUAUGUCUGUAGGCCGUUGUUGUGAGUGUGGACGGUCGGAGCAUAACGUUAGCUUAGCCUCAUCGAUCCAUUCUCCAUUCAGACAACAGGCAUUUUAAAAGGUGUUUCGCCUGCCGUCUGUCUGCAGACUUGUCAAAGCAUUAAUUCAUGGUUUUUACUAACCG